AUGAACUUUGUUGAUAGCUUUACUUUUAACACUGUUGUCUCUUUAGAUGGAACUGGAAAUUUUAGAAGCAUUAAUGCAGCUAUAGCAGCUGCACCAAGUAAUAGAAAAUCUCGAUUUUACAUUCAUGUGAAACCUGGGAUUUACAAAGAACAUGUUGAAAUCGAAAAGAAAAAGACUUUCAUUGCGUUAAUCGGUGACAACGCUGCAAACACCAUCAUUGUUGAUAGUAGAAGCCAUGCUACUGGUUUUAACACCUUCCAAUCCGCUACAUUCGUUGUCAAGGGUGAUAACUUUAUGGCACAGUCCAUAACGUUUGAAAAUUCUGCUGGACCUGAAAAUGGUCAAGCUGUUGCCCUUCUCAACAACCGCGCCAAUCAUACGGUAUACUACAAAUGUGUAUUUCUUGGCUAUCAAGACACUCUUUAUGUCAAUGGAGACAAUGUAUUCUUCAAAGAUAGUGAAAUUUACGGCACGGUAGAUUUCAUAUUUGGAUAUGGACAAGCUGUGUAUCAAGAUUAUUUUCGCGAAGACUUGAAAUCAGACGUAAGAGGGUUGUUCACCAUUUCCAUAAAUCAUUCUAUUGCUACUAGCGUUGAUAAUUAUUUGUAUCUUCUGGACCAGCUCAAAACAUCUGACUUAGACAACAAAACACGAUCUGUCUUUAAUGAUUGUGUGGAGCAAUAUGAGUUUGCCAUAGCUCUUUUGAAAUCAUCGUUAGAGGAAUUGUUAAAGAAUCACGAUAGAGAUAAAGUGAUGAUUAAUAAUAUGUCUGAUGCGUUCGGUAGCAUUGAUAGUUGUGAAUAUGAUUUUGAGGACUUUGUAACUGAACCGCCUGCUUGGUUGGCUCGUUAUCUUACCUUACGUCCACUUUUUGGACUUUCAAUAGGGUUUGCAAGUUUAUUGUAA